AUGAGGUCAACCACGCUCUUUAAUAAUUCAAGAAUAUGCCUUUGUGCAGGUCGACCGAUUUGUGGCCCACGCCAUCUGGUCCGCCGUUUUUCAACAGAGCCCUUUCCGCUCGCAAAUCUCGAAGCAUCUCUUCGUGAGGAGCUCACCUCCCGCCCAGCAAACCAAAUUCUCGAAUACCUAACCAAUACCAACUCACAUCUCCUCAAUAUAACCCUCGCCGACUUCCUUCCUCCAUCAUGUUACCCUGCCGAAUUCUCCAAAUCGGAUCUGCAAACCCCAAGAAACAAAUAUAAACCGGGCGCUAUUGUCCACCAAGCAGGAUCUUUACCUCUUGGCCACCAUUUGGUUCACUUCCCACCACAAGUCCUGAAUUCUGAUAUCCUUCCAGAUGGCACAGAUAAUCUACAUUGGCCGGGCCCCCCCUUCACCCGGCGUUUAUGGACAGGAGGAUCUCUAUCUUUCAAUCGGAACAUCAUGUUCGGACUUCAUACCAACAACAUGUCUGCAAUGUGCAAAGAGGAAAUCACUAAUGUUUGGACAAAGGGGAAGGAGGGUGAUGAGAAGGUCUUCGUGGCCAUCCGACGUCGAAUUGGUGGUCUUGGGAAAAUCUACGAGCCCCCUCAAUGGAGCGGGAGAGCAAAGCUUGAAUGGGGCACUCUUGAUGGCAACUCAGAUCAAUGGGGAAAGAGGUCGAAGAUGGGGAAGUUGGCUUUGGUCGAGACGAGGAAUCUGGUUUUUAUGAGGAAGAAGCCUAAGAGUCAUGCUCGGCGAGACUCACAGCUAGUUCCGUCUGCGAUGAAGCCCGCACAUACACCUGACUUCAGCGUAUCUCUCCGACCAACACAAGAUUUGCUUUUCCGGUUCUCAGCAUUGACAUUCAACGCUCACCGUAUCCAUCUUGAGAAAGAGUAUUGCACCAAGGUCGAGGGGCAUCGAAACCUACUAGUGCAUGGGCCCUUGAGUUUAGUUUUGAUGCUCUCAGUGCUAAGAUCACAAUUGAAGGAAGGCGAGAUGCUGGUAGAGUUUGAGUAUAGGAAUUUGAUUCCUCUCUAUGCGGAAGAACAGAUGAAAAUCUGUGUCCGAAGAGAUUCUGAGAAAGAUGAUAGACUUGAUGUUUGGAUCGAAGAGCCGGGAGGAGGAUACGCUGUCAAGGGGACUGCCCUGGUUGACAAAGACUACGUGCUCGAGACCAAAAGUCUAAAGGACACGCCUGGCGGUGGGUGGUUGGAGAAUAGCGUAAAGGAUGGACUAGAUUCUGAGGGAGGAGAGAGUGCCGAAGGGGAAUCUCCUUUCAAGGUACGAAGAAAAUUCUCGAGCUGA